CAGGUACACCUCCACUUUCCACUCCUCUGUCAAGCAUGAAAUGCAGGAGCAGAGGAAAGCACCGUGCCAGACGAUGGGGAUUCCGAAGCUCCAGGUCCCCACCCCGAAGGAGUAUCUCCGGAAACAUUCAAAGGAGCCGAAGCUCCCCAAAUGCAAGAAGGUCCGGGACCGGAAGCUGCCAUGCAAAUCGCCGGUGCCCCUGAAGUCCAACCAGCCCCUCAUGGGCAUCCAGAGCCAGAAGAACUUCAUCACCACCAACAUGGCGGAGGCCAUCAUGGCGGUGGCCAAGAAGCCGCUUCGUGCAUGUGUUGACCAGCGCAAGGGAGACAAGUUUCUCCUGGACCAGUCGGGGCUGAUCCAGAGGUUCCUCAAGAAGAAGGACUUUGGGGUUACCCCCAAAUACAUCAGAAAGCGGAAGAAGGAAGCCAAGCAGGCAAAGAAAGAGCGAGCGCCUGGUCGGCAGGACGGCCUGCAGCAGAAGGGCCUCACCCGCCUCUCUGCCCAGGAGCGGGAGAGCAUCUUGGAGGGUCUCAAGAAAAAUUGGGAAGAAAUCAACACGGAAUUCCAAAGCCUUUCAAUAGCGAUAGAUACCAUUCCCAAGAGACUUCACCAAGAGAAACUGGAGGCGGAGAUGAAGCAGCUGGAACACGACAUCAGCACUCUCGAGAGCCACCAGUUUGUCUACAUCGCAAGCGAAUAGGGACGGGGUCGGACCCGGGCGCAGUGAGCCUGUUCCGGAGCGCCCUGGGGC